GGUCAAAUCCGUGCUUCUUAGCAACCCUCUAUCAAGCUCUCCCCACGCCUAUCCGCUCUUUCUAUGCAGCUGUGCCAUUCACAUUGCUACUCUACAACAUCAAAUUUCCUUGCAUGGGUUCAUACCUGCAUUGUAACUUAGGCAGACGUUGUUACAGUAGAGGGUCUCGCAGCACAUGCCAUUGCUUCUUUCAAACUUGCUCCUCUGUCGAAUGAGACGAUAUCGCAAUUCUGCCCCGAUCUUUGAACAUGACAGAGAGCAUCUCGAUGAGUCCAUUCUGGCCAAACCGAGGCCCUACUAGGCCGAACUUACUGGCUCGGGUUUGCCAGGCUCCCGAACGACGUUAUAUCAUGCCAAGAUAACACAACUGUGAGGCCUAUCAAGGGUGGAAAUAUGCUGAUCUCGUCUUUUAUUGCACAGCUUAGACCCCAUCUUCGUUUUCAAUCGUGACUGAUCGAUUGUUAUCUCUUUGAUGCAACCCCACAGGCCCUGAUAACUGAGACCGUUUCUGUGCCCAAUUUAGAUUCUUACUACUGAGGAUGAGGCAUACUAUACGCACCUUCAGGCCAGGCAGAUGUCUAUCUUGUAAAGCGUAGGUACUACGCUACACUACCUACGCUUCACCCGCAUAAGAUAGGACAUGGUUCUUUUUUAGCCGGCGACCUAUCGAGACAGGACGCAUCUUGAGCUCUCUAGUCUCUAGCGACAUGUAAGACGGUUGAGGAUUACCGUUUCAGCUCGCUGCAAGUCACUAUCACGAAUCACGAGCUUGUGCCCGACACCACACCAAGCCAUUUCAAACCACACCAGCCAGCGCAUGUGCUGCGCUGCGAUCUCUUCCUUCAGCCCUGAUCCCAGCCACCAGGUUCGUUUCCUGAAAAACAUGCAGCAAUUUUCUGCGUCUUUGAUGCGAUGCGGUGCGAUGCGAUGUGCGGCUGCAUUCGUGCCGCCCUCUGCAUCAACCUACCUCCCCGCUUCUGUGUCUCUUCUCUUCUCUCUUGACCGUUCCGGAAUACAUUGCCUUAUCGGUGUCGCGCACCAUCUGGCCUUAGGUGGGCGUUGUUGUUGUGGUUCCUCUUUAUAUGCUGUGCCUCAUGCUUCCCCAGCUCUCCACCCAAUGUCUUGCAUAUCCUCCCCUCCAGCAUUCGCUGACCGGCUGCCCCUUCAUCGCCGCGUCAUCAGUUCUCCUUCCUCUGCUAUAUUGACCGGUUGUUGAUAUUAUUGAUUUAUUGUACACCGCCGUUUGUUGUACUCAUUCACCGAGGAAAAGACUGGUUGGGGCUUGCAUUACCCGCAGGUGCGCGUUUCUAUGUUGGCGCCCUUACGGGCCGCUCGGCGCGAGGUUUUGAUACAAGUGUCUCCAUCUUUCUCGAUGGGCGAUGUCGCCAUGGAUGGAGUUGAUAGAAAUGGGUCCGUCGCACCAGUCCAGUACUGUACAACAGAUAUGCAGGCAUCAACAUAAGCACGCAGCCAAUCUGAGCUACUGCUUUCGAGAGAAUACGAGCGAUCGGUUUAGGAACAGCCCGCUUGCGAGUCAGGUAAUUCGAGAGCUGGUUGGCAAGCCGAUUGAACCUCCCAUAGCUGCAGUGCACAUCAUCGGCUCUGGUAUGAAAGACGCCAGGCAGUACCUACUAAGACAAGUAUCUCAAUCUUCAAUAUGGGGUCUCGAAAGGACCAUUCUACGGAAGCUGCACCGACCCAAUCAUGCAUGACCCAGGUUUGCUUCUGCCAGAUAAACUUUGUGAAACACAGGGCACGGGAAAUGGUUAUUUGAACUCCGUCGCCCAAUCAUUAUCGGCUUGCAAGUCCCAAAACAAACAUAUAGUUGCAUACACAAGUUGAUCUACGUAACAAUCUAGAAUGGUCACUAUCCCGUUC